CGAUGCCGCACUCGCAUCGCACGCACCCCGCUUGACAUGGAGAUGCAAGCGCACCACCGGAUCAAGCGUGGAGACAUGGAGGUACAGGAGCAGAGGGAGGACCGGCUGAGCAGGCUCCCCGACGACAUCCUCCACUCCAUCCUCCGCGGUAUCCCACUCAAGCACGCCGCGCGCACCAGCGCCCUCUCGCGGCGCUGGGCGCGCACGUGGCUCCGCGCGCUCGCCUCCUCCAGGGUGCUCGAUUUCACCGACCGCGACUUCGCACGCGGCCAGGCCCCGGCGCGGGCCGCGGCCACGGUGAGCCGCUGCCUCCAGCUCCACGCCGAGUACGGCGCGCCGCUCGACGUGUUCCGCCUGGCGGUUACGGCGCCGGCGCCGGCGCCGGGCAGCACCGGCGCGUUCGAGCGAGACGUCGUCGGGUGGGUCGUGUCCGCCGUGGCGAGAGGCGCCAGGGAGGUGGAGGUGGACCUGAGGCCGCCGCCGCCGCCGUUGGCGGCAAAAGCGGACGCCGGUGACGAAAGUGCGGCGUUCGUGGAGCUGCCUGGCGACCUGUUCGUGGCCACGAACUCGCUGGCGCGCCUCGCGCUGGGCGGGUUCAGGCUCCGCGCUGUCCCGGCCGGCCUAGCGGAGGGUCUCCGCUCGCUCUCCCUCAGCCACGCCGACGUCACAGACGAGGCGGUCCGGGACAUCGUGUCCAGCUGCCGGGCGCUGGAGGUCCUCAGUCUCCAGGGCUGCAACCUCCUCAGAUCGGUUAGGAUCGACGGCGAGACGCUGCGGUCCCUGGAGAUCGUGCGCUGCUUGGGCGUGCGGGAGCUCCGGGUCAACGCGCCCUCGCUCGAGUCGUUCGCCUUCCACGGCGACAACGUCUACUCGACGAGCGACGACGACGACGACGACUUGUCUUCUGCCGUCGACCUGGGAUCCACGCCGGCUCUGCGGGACGCGUACCUUUCUCACAUCGGCUUCGACGACGCCAAGAACGCGUACGAUGAGCGCGAGUACGCCUACUCCAACUUCUUGAGCUGCGUCGCUCAUGCCCGGGUUUUGACGCUCUGUUCCGUCGGCUUGCUGCAUCUGUGGGCACAGCUUAGUUAUGAUCCGCUCGUGGAAAUUGAUAUGACGAGCGUACAAGAGCUGCAGCUGCUGAUGUCCUCCCUAGGUGAAGACGACGAAGGCCUCCAUAGCUUCUCCAGUUUCUUCGAGCUUUACCCGCUUCCACUCCUGGGCCGCUUGUUUGUCAGCCUGCCCAGCCACACUGCCGAGGCGACGACGGCACUGCCCGGCGAAGUCGUAGACGACUCAAAAAUGAUGUUUUACUGCUACGACGACGACUUCGUCCUUGACCAGCUGAGCUACAUCAAGCUGGUGAAUUUCAGAGGGACGAGGUUCGAGCUGCAGCUGCUCGCCUUCCUCCUGAAGAGGACCCCUGCCCUGGAGCAGCUGGUGCUUGUCACUGUAGGAGAAGAGGGAGGAGCUCCGGGAGACGAGCGCGUCAUCCAAGGCUGGGUGUCGGCGAUACAAAAGGCGUCCCCAGAGGCUCAGCUCACCGUGUGCCAGUCGAGCGAAGAUCGCAGCCAGAAUCCUGUGCACACAAGGUUCUACCACGAACUUUUGGAAGAAUAAACGGGCACCAUUGAUCCCUCAACAUAUACCCUUCGUUGAAAGCAUUAGGUGUCGACAAUGACAUGCCGUACUUGUAAGUACUAUAAAGUGCACUACUGUAACUGUUGUGAAGCAAGCAGCGAUAACACUAUGGGGGUGUUUGGUUCUGUGGACU